AUUUUUUUGUUAAUUUUUCUGCUGACUGGUAGUAGUAAAUGGUUAAAAUUAUUUUUAACUUGUUUGUUGUCGCCAAAAUCGAUGUGAUGGUGUAUUAACAAUAUAAAAAAUGACGUCAAGAUAACGCACACGUUUGCAAACACAACAGAACACGCGAGCAGUAGCCGACAACUCCACGAUUCGAUCGAAAUUCGCGAACUGAUUUUCGCUGAAGAGAUUUUAACGUUCAAAGCAGUUAACCAGCAAAUUUACUGAGAUAGAGAAGAAUCCAAGAAGAAACAGACGGUAGCGUACUAAAGUGUAGAAGUUAAUGCAUAAAAAAUAAAACAGCAUCAUGGACGAUUCUGAGUCAGUUUCAUGCGGCACGGCAUGUGUUAAUUGUUGUGGCUUUCACUGGAGAGGAAUGCUAAUGAUUCUUAUUCCAUUGGCGUUUUCCCCCAUUGUUCUCUUUAAUCUGGGCAACGAUGCACUUCUUUGUUUGUACAUUGUGUGUGUUAUUGGCAUCUUUUGGAUAACAGAAGUUAUACCGCUACAUAUCACAUCAAUCAUACCUGCCUUUUUACUACCCAUGGUUGGCUUAUUGGAUUCAUACACCGUGUGUGCACAAUAUUUUAAAGAUCCGCUAGUUAUGUUUUUAGGGGGACUUAUGCUAGCACUCGCAAUUGAGUAUUGUAACUUGCAUAAGCGCAUUGCACUUAUGACGAUUAAAGUUGUGGGUUGUAGUCCUAGACGCUUACAUUUGGGAUUAGUGUGUGUUGCCUCUUUUAUAUCCUUUUGGAUGUCCAAUUCAGCAACAGCUGCAAUGAUGUGCCCAAUAAUUAAAGCAAUUCUUAUGGAGCUUCAUGAUCAAAAAAUUAUUAACAUUUACCAUUCAUCUUCUGAUAAUGUAGCUAAUGAAAGAGAAAAAUUGCCAUCGAAAAUUGCUGUGGGUUAUUACUUAAGUACCAUAUAUGGGAUUUCGAUUGGUGGUUGUGCUACUCUUAUAGGUUCGGAUACCAACUUGGUGUUCAAAGCUAUUUAUGAAGCUCGCUUUCCCGAAACUACUCAAAAACUUGACUUUCCAAUAUAUAUGUUGUAUGCUGCGCCUAUGUGCAUUAUUGCAACUGUCUUAAUCUGGUUCAUAACGGAAAUCACACAUUUUGGCUUCGGUCGCCCAAAUAGUGAGGAGGGUAAGGAAGUCGCUGCAGGGUCUCAAAAUGCAGAUGCUAUAUCCUCUCUGAUGAAUCAAAAAUAUAAUGAAUUGGGUCCAAUGUCAUGCCACGAAAUACAAGUUGUUAUAAUAUUUUUAAUUAUGAUUACUAUGCUUUUUACGCGUAGUCCAGGUUUCUUUACUGGAUGGGCUGAUAUUUUAAAUGAUAGUGAAAUUGAGAGCUCUAUGCCUACAAUGUUUGCGGUAUUUUUUUUAUUUGUGUUUCCAAUAAAAUACACUUGUGGUAGAUUUUGUAAAGGGAAAGCCAAAUAUCCAAAAAGAGAAACUAUAUCGUUGGUUGAUUGGUUAUUUUUGGAAAAAUCGGUUCCAUGGGGUUUGAUAUUCUUGCUAGGUGGUGGAUUUGCCUUAGCCGAAGCAAGUAAGCAAAGUGGUAUGACUGUAAUGUUGGGAAAUUCACUGAAAUUCGCACAAAAUUUUCCAAACUAUAUGGUACAAUUAAUAUGCGUUGUAACAGGGGUUUUCUUCACAACUUUCAGUGCAAAUGUUGCAAUAUGCAAUAUUUUGGUACCAGUAGUAUGUGAAAUGGCUGUUGCGAUAAAGGUACAUCCUCUAUACUUUGUAUUUCCCACAGGCGUUGCUUGCACUAUCGCAUUUUUCCUUCCCGUCAGCACACCACCAAAUGCAAUUGUACAAGGAUAUGCGAAUAUUCAGACUAAAGAUAUGGUUAUUUGCGGUAUUGGACCAACCAUUAUAUGCAUUGCACUAUUAUUUUUAAAUGGACAAGUAGCACAUGUACUGAUUUUUGGUGGUACAGAUCUACCUGGUUGGGCCGAGGCUUAGAAAUAUACUACAAUUUUUCAAAACCAAAACCAAAAAUAACAAAUACUGUUUUUACUUCACAAUUAAUUAGUAUUUAUAAAUUAAUUUGUUUUUAUUUUAAUUUAUAAAUUUUUUCAAAUAUAAAGUACAUCCACUUAACAUUAAAAGAUUAGUUUAGGUUUCAGUUUUUGGAAAGUGUUUAUAACUAAUAAAAAAAAUGUUUUAAAAAUUAA